CGGAGAAAAUUGGCCACGGCGGCUCUGCGCUCCGGGUCCGCGUCCUCGCCAGGCGCCCGGAGCCCACUGCACAUCCUCAACGCCACCCAAGUUCGUCUGUCGUCUGUCUCUUCAGGCUCUUCAUGCUGCCCAACUGAAAGGAAAAAAAUGGGCACCGGGGAUUUUAUCUGCAUUUCCAUGACUGGCGGGGCGCCCUGGGGGUUCAGGCUGCAAGGUGGCAAGGAGCAGAAGCAACCCUUGCAAGUGGCGAAGAUUCGAAACCAAAGCAAAGCCUCCGGGUCUGGGCUCUGUGAGGGAGAUGAAGUGGUUUCUAUCAAUGGUAACCCCUGUGCAGACCUCACAUACCCUGAAGUUAUCAAGCUCAUGGAAAGCAUAACAGACUCUCUCCAAAUGCUCGUCAAAAGACCAUCCAGUGGAAUAAGUGAGGCUUUGAUCUCUGAAACUGAAAACGAGAACCACGAGCAUCUCACCCAUGAGGGGUACGUGGAAAGUACCACCCUGCAGAUUCAACCAGCCACAAAGACCCAGUACAGAGAGUUGGUCAUCACCUCAGUCAAGAGUGGAGUUCCCCCAGCUGGGGACCAAAGAAGUGGUCCUGGUUGUACAGAGAACUUAAAAGAAGAAACAAGCCUGUGCUUCCAAAGGGCUUCCCAAACGCCUGACUCCCAACAAGAACUCUUGGCAGAAGAAGUUAUCUUAAGGGAGAAGGCAGAAGCGGGGCGGCCAGCCCAAAUGAUCCAACUACAACUGUCCCUUUCACAGGAGACAGAGAAGGACACUGGUGGCCCCACAGUAACUCUCUUGGGAGCUGAAAAAUCUAAGUCUCCUGACCCAGACCCUAACUUACAGCAAGACAGAAUUGUCCACAUAAAUUCAGUCCCUACUCAUGAGAAAGCAGACACUUCUGUGAGGUCCAGUAAGAUAAUCCAUAUCUCCAGUGGCAGAGAGUUGAGAGUGAUCCAAGGCAGUGAAUCAGGAGACGCGAGGCUGCCCCGGGUGGAAGUGCUCCUGGACUGCUCUGACAGGCAGAAGACAGAAGGGUGCAGGCUUCAGGCAGCAAAGGGGUGUGUGGCUUCUCCAGGGGAAGGAGGGCAGUCAGAAGCACCUCCUUCUCUGGUAUCCUUUGCCGUCUCAUCAGAAGGCACAGAGCAGGGAGAAGAUCCACGCUCAGAAAAGGAUCACAGCAGACCUCACAAGCACCGAGCGCGGCACGCACGGCUCAGGAGGAGCGAAAGCUUGUCAGAAAAGCAAGUGAAGGAAGCCAAGUCUAAAUGCAAGAGCAUCGCCCUUCUCCUAACAGACGCCCCGAACCCCAACUCCAAGGGGGUGUUGAUGUUUAAGAAGCGGCGGCGGCGGGCGCGGAGGUACACCCUGGUCAGCUACGGCACCGGCGAGCUCGAGCGCGAAGCUGAGGAGGAGGCCGGGGGCGCAGACGACCCCUGCCUAGGAGCGCUUCUGGGCACCAGUGAGUCCGAGGUGGACGAAGAGCUGCUGUCUGACGGUGACGACAGCACCCAAGUUGUGAGCUUUGACUGGGAUUCCGGCCUGGUGGACAUUGAAAAGAAACUGAACGGAGGGGACAAGAUGGAGAUGUUGCCAGACACCACAGGCAAGGGAGCCCUCAUGUUUGCCAAGAGGCGGGAGAGGAUGGAUCAGAUCACGGCCCAAAAGGAAGAGGCCAGGCUGGGCGGAGUGCCCAGCAGAGAGCCGGACGCCGUCCAGAUGGACGGCCUGAGAACCACGACUUCUUACCAAAGAAAGGAGGAGGAAUCGGUGCGGACGCAGAGCUGCGUGAGCAGAAGCUACAUCGAGGUGAGCCGCGGGCCGAGCCACGUGCCCCAGCAGAACGGCUUCAGUGGGGCGUCCGAAGCGGCCACCGCGCAGAGGGUGCCCCCGACCAACAGGACGGCCAGGCCCUUCCCGGGGUCCGCGCACCAGCCGGCAGCCCCUUUCUCCCCAGCCGGCACCCCGGCGAGCCCGGUGGCCGACUUCCCCGCGCCCCCGCCGUACUCUGCCGUCACCCCUCCACCCGAAGGCUUCUCCCGAGGGCCGGCACAGCCCCCGCCGUGGCCCCAGCCCGCCCCCUGGGCCCAGCCAGCCUUCUAUGACGCAUCUGAGCGAAUAGCUUCCCGGGAUGAGAGGAUCUCGGUGCCUGCAAAAAGAACAGGAAUACUGCAGGAGGCCAAACGGAGAAGCACCACGAAACCCAUGUUUACUUUUAAAGAGCCCAAAGUAAGCCCCAACCCUGAACUCUUGUCACUCCUCCAAAAUUCAGAGGGCAAACGGGGCACCGGGGCUGGAGGUGAUUCCGGACCGGAAGAAGACUACCUCAGCCUGGGAGCCGAGGCUUGUAACUUCAUGCAAAGCUCCUCUGCUAAACGAAAGACCCCACCUCCUGUUGCUCCAAAACCUGCGGUCAAGUCGUCAUCCUCCCAGCCAGUAACUCCAGUUUCCCCAGUCUGGUCUCCAGGAGUGGCUCCAAGCCAGCCUCCUGCCUUCCCCGUGUCAAACCCACCACAAGGCACUGUGGUCUCCUCCAUCAAAAUAGCCCGGCCGGCCAGUGCUUUGAACCUGUCCGGUCCCUUCAAAGGACCACAAGCAGCAGUAGCCAGUCUGAAUUACACACCUAAGCCAACAGCUGCUCCCCUGACAGUCAACCCUGCCCAUGCUGGUGCAGUGGGACCAUCCAAUGAGCUUCCAGGAAUGAGUGGGAAAGGAGCCCAGCUCUUCGCCAAAAGGCAGUCGAGAAUGGAGAAGUACGUGGUGGAUUCAGACACAGUGCAGGCCCGCGCUGCUCGGGCCCAGUCUCCCACUCCGUCUCUACCCGCCAGUUGGAAGUACUCCCCCAAUGUCAGAGCACCUCCUCCUGUGGCCUAUAAUCCCAUCUACUCCCCUUCCUACCCUCCAGCUGCUCUCAAGUCUCAUCCACCAGCCGCACAGGCCUCCAAACCGGGCAAGAAAAAGGGCAAGAAACCCCUCAAUGCUCUGGAUGUCAUGAAGCACCAACCGUAUCAGCUCAACGCAUCCUUGUUUACUUUCCAACCUCCAGAUGCAAAGGACGGCCUUCCCCAAAAGUCAACAGUCAAGGUCAAUUCAGCAGUGGCCAUGAAGCAAGCUCUUCCUCCGCGGCCAGUGAACGCUGUCUCACCUCCAAACGUGCAGGCUUCGUCGGUGUACUCAGUACCAGCCUAUACCUCUCCACCUUCCUUCUUUGCAGAGGCCACCUCACCAGUCAGCGCGUCACCAAUGCCUGCGGGCAUUCCCACCUCUCCAAAGCAGGAAUCAGCCUCCUCAUCUUAUUUUGUGGCACCACGGCCAAAGUUCUCAGCCAAGAAAAGUGGUGUCACUGUUCAGGAGUUUGGGCGCUCCCUCUCUCUUCCUGGAAGAUCAGUCCCACCCACCCUAGCUACCACGUCUCCUUGGGUCUACCACCAGCCUGCUUACAGCGACUCCAGCCAACCAGCUGACGGGCUGGACAGAGCAAGCAGGAGGCCGACGCCCUGGGAAGCGGCCGCGAGGUCCCCUCUCGGUCUAGUGGACGACGCCUUCAGACCCAGAAACAUCCAGGAAUCCAUCGUGGCGAACGUGGUCUCGGCCGCUCGAAGGAAGGUGCUUCCAGGGCCCCCAGAGGACUGGAACGAGAGACUGUCCUACGUUCCUCCAACCCGGAAGGCCAACAGGAGCUGGUGCGGAAGGCCGGAGUAUGCUAUCCCGUCUGCUGAUCCGCGGUACGGUUCCCAGCUGCCGCCCGCGUAUCACGGGCAGGGCUCCCGGGACCAUCCGCAGGUGACGGCCGCGGAGCCCGGGUCUGAUUACUCCCUGCCGGUAGCUGCUCAGAACCGCGGCCUGCACCCGCGCGGCUGCAGACGCCAGACGUGAACGCAGAUCCAACCCGGGGCCAGCUGGGGUUUGGGUUUUUUUUUAAUGCUCCUUUGUAGGUUUUUUUUUUUUUUUUUUUUUUUUUUUUUACCUUUUUAGUAGAUUUAAGUUCACUUGAGUUUGUGGCUUGUUCUCACAGAUCGCAUUUCCGAGUCUCUGUGUGUGAGUGCACGUGCACACGUGCGUGUGAAUCACUUCCCUGUCGUCUAGUGUACAGAGAAUUUCUUUGAAGAAAAAAUUUACUUUCUGCCUUGAUGUGCGGGCACUUCACGUAACUCAUCAUCUUAGUUCCUUUAAUAUGGGGGUAACCUAUGCAGCUAAAUUCUACUCAGUUAAAAUGAAACUAAGUAUUUGUUCCACGUGCCUAAGACCAGGAAGGGACUGGGGAUACGGUGUGCUAAUUACCUCGCUGUCCUAGCAAGAAAUACGUAUAAUAUUAGAGAAAUUGUCAAAGGGAGCAUGGCAGUGAGUAAUAAUUAUACAAACAGAUUUCUUUGAUGUUAUUUUAGGCAUCUCUCUGAAAAAAAAAUUUUUUAAAUCUAAUAAAGCUCAUAUUUUUUUUUUUUUUAGGAAUUAAAAUAUGGGCGUUCUCAGAAAGAAAGAAACAAGAGAAUAUGGUUACUACACAUUUCAGAAGGGCUUUUGAGAAAUAGUGUAAUGUGUGGGGAAUAGAAAGAUUCAGGUGCAGGAUUUAUUUUUAAUGUGUUUAAAGCCAACAGCCUGAGACAGGAACAGACCGUAGGUUCAGACCGUAGUUUCUCCUCAUUUGCCAAAGGAGAAUAUUGGAUUAUCUAAUCUUUUAGGUCUCUGACAGCUCUGACAUUCUGAGAUUUUUCUCAUUCAUAGAAUGUCCUUCAGUGCACUGUUUAUUUUUGAUGUUCAUUGUGUAACUAUCAGAUUAAGUUUAGGCGUGGAUUAGGUAAUUAAUGUCACAGCACGGCUCAUUAACAGUCCUAAGGGAAUUGUUAGGUGGCAGGCUUUGUGCUAUGUGUUACAUGGAGUGAGGGUUGAUGUAAAGAUAUAAACUAUUAAUGGAUUUAAGGAAGAGGUAGAUGAAUAUAUCUGUUAUUAUGCAACUGUGGGUCAUGACCACUCAUGUGGUUAUGGGAGACGUGCCACAGAAGCCUAUGUAACAAGUGGUAUUUUUUCAGGAAGUGGUCAUUAGGGUGCUCAAAGGAAGAGAAACAGCUGCUUUGUUAAUCCCCUGUCCCGUGCCCUGUUAGCCUGACCACGAAACAAUCGGAACACCUGCUCCUUACCGCCAUGCCUGCAAAGGGUUAAAUACAAAAACAUUCAAAGUAUUUUACAUCAUAAGAAAAUAUCUAGAAUAUUUUUAAACUUAAAAAAAGUUUGGGUAUUUAAAACUUUCUUAGUUUCUUAAUAUAAUUUUGCUUUGUUUUAUUUUUUAGUUCUUGAAUUUAUCAUUAUGAUAGUCUCUUAUCGUUAUGAUGUUUUCUUUUAAAACUUUAAAAAAAAAAAAAAGCCAGAGGGCAAGUGGUCCAGGCCUUAUCUUGAAAGUAAAAA